AUGGAUCCCGAUCACGACGCGAAGUUCCCUCUCCACGAGGCUGCCCGGGAGGGCAAAACUCAAACGGCUGAAUCCCUCGUGAACGUCAGUGCCCGCAAACUGCCCCGCAUCCAUCCGCCGCAGCUGUCUCCAGCUAACGGACAGCACCGAUAA